CAGGCGUGCCGUUUCUAGCUUUUCAUUGUUCCUCCUUCAUCUUGUUGCCCGCCACAUUUCCCUUGCCUUCAUUUAAAAAGGUACUGACAGCUCAUGGUUUCAUUUUGACCACCAUCCUCCCCCAUCCCCCGCACGAGAACAACUGAAAGAGGCGAACCUGGUAGUUCGUGCCCAUGGCCUAUCAUAAAUCCUUUAGAGGCUAUAGCAGCAAUGAAUCGCUUUCGGGACAGGUGGUCAAAUCUGGCUCUCUUGAUCGCGGUCAUUGCGGUCAGGUUCCGCCAAGUGGCAACGACACUGCCGCUCGCAUCUAUGCUGAGACUCCUACAUCUGCAUCAGGGGGCACCAUUUCUCGCAGCAACAGUUCAAAUCACGUAACUCGCCUACAAAGCGCCACCAACCCGCGUUCCAAUCAUUCAACCUUGGCAAAUCAUUGUGGAAACUUUAGCGCGAACAUUCCUAAUAAUAAAGCUCAUCUGCCCAUCUCAUCUUUCCGGCUUCAGUUUCCAUCCCUUUCUUCCUUACCACCACUGCCACCACCACCAUCGGAAUUUUCGCGUAUCGUUACCUUGGACGCGAUGCAGUCACCUUAUCACCACAUUGAUAUUGCACAUGACGACAGAUCAUACCAGCAAUAUUCUACACCAUAUGGUUUAGCUUCCAGUUCACAACACAAACUCCCAGGAAACUUCGGAUCCAAUCUCUCUUGCCAUUUCGUCCCGCAAUAUAACGGUUCUCAGCAUGACGGUGGAGCCUCACGGAAGACCUCGGGUCUCGAUGGGUAUGACUAUAAUUCGGACCGUUACGGCUUGGGAGGAGAAAAUUACGAGUUGUCUGACAUAGACAUGGAGCUUGAUUCCGAUCCUGAGUAUCCUUCGCAAUCGGCCAAUGAUUUUUCGCCCAUGGAUGACCAUCAUCAUCAUCAUCCUAGUUUCCCCCCCGACGACCCCUGUAGCUUCACUCCCUUGUCCGAGUGCGAGGCACAGUGGUACAUCAGUGAUACUAACCCCGAGGAAAAUAGCUGCUACCCCUGGAGGACUGUAGGGAAGGAACAUUGGCAACAAUCCGAAACACCCGAGCCACCCACGUAUCAGGUGGAAAGUUUUGACAACAAUUGGCUACACUCCUUCUACCCUCUGCCAAGUGAUGAGACAGUGUAUUCGGACACAUCUACCCAUGAUGCUGACGUUCGGAACGCCAACAACACACCAUCGGAUAUCUCGUCAUCCGCCUCACCGCUUUCCCCCAUAGACGGCUUAACAUACCCCGUGUCACAUUUUCCACCAAUCGUGGCCUCGUCUUUGUCCACCCAAGCUCCGUAUCCAUAUUCUUGUCAUCAAAUGACAGGUAUAAGCUAUCCGUAUACUUCAACCGGUGUUUAUGAACCAGCGUACAAGUCAAGCACUACUACAAGUGCACCUUUCAUAACAGCGUUCCUGAAUGGAAACGGGUUCGCAAACCCUCCGGCUCGCUCCAUCCCUACCGUUCCCGUUCUUCAUGCCCCACGACCAGUACGACCGAUACCCACAGUUUCAUUCGAGGAUCUUGCCGCAUCGAUAUCAAACAUCUGAAUGUUGCCGUACCUGUUCCCCCCUCUCAUAACAAAGAUGACCGUUCGGACUAAAAAUAGUUCCAACGUAUUCUUUUCUCUUCUUGACAAUCCAGGUUUUACGCGCACCUUAUUUCAGAUUUUUUGCACAUGAUUCCAGACGGUACCAGCUUCGUUUAUCCUCGGGGCGCGAUGAAUCGUGAAUAUCGAACCAUUUAACGGAAUCCCGCUUCGCUUCGUUUUCACGUUUUUCUGCCACCUCUCACGCCCUUUGAACACGGAACCGACUACCCGCAAGGAAUCCUUUCUUUACCUUUUGUCCGACUUGACGACGGCGACGGAGUUGACAACUUCUUGAUUCGCAUGUACUUUUACUUACUACACCCAUCCCCCGUCAAUUACCGAUUUCCGCUCUUUCCCAUGACAAGUGCCCAUUCUAGAAGCCCACGCCCGAUUUGAAGGAACAGGUUCCAUGCGUUCCCCCUCCCAUCUACUGUUACACCCCAAAUACAAGCGCCCUGACAGUACAUAUAUCCAACACCAGUCCAUCUGUCUGUUCUUGAUAUCGAUAUCUCACACGCGACCUCGCUUCUCACCUUUGCAGAAUCCAAAAAACGCCUCCAACCCCGCGCCUCCCCCGAUACCAUCUACGCCCGCCCCUGAGCGGGACAAACCUUCUUAUUUUUGAUAUCAAUGGUGAUGAAUUAUUACCGAACAGAGGUGAAAUGGGAAGGCCUCAACCGAACUUCGAUUUUUUUUUUCUUCGUUUGCCGUCAUCUUUUCCUUUUCUCACACAGUAUAGACUAUCAUUAUUCGCGCUUACGAGUCUUCUUGUUAUACUGUAUAAAUAUAAGUCGCCCGCUCAUAUCUGUUCUGCACUGCACCGUUCAUUCUUUUCGUUUUUCGUUCGUACAUGCUUGACUUCCAUGUGUAUUAUAUCGUGAUACUCAUCCAACCAUCCAGCCGUUCCCAUCACAUCUUGUUUCACCGCAUCAAUUGCUGUAUCAUCUUAGUUCUUAGUUCGAGCCGAAUACAUCAGUGUCUCGUUCUCGCUUUACUUCCGUAUGUAGAGAUAGUCGUAUGAAUGAUAUAUUGAUUAA